GCACCUGUGCACGCGCGCAGUACGAGAAAUGAGGAGUGUGAAAUGUGGCAGGGCUCCUCCCCGAGUCAGGCAAUUCCAUACUGCCAUGCUCAAAUUUAUUAACUAUCUACACGGCUCCGAGCUGGUUGCCUCCUUUCAAAAACUAUGUGGACUGUGCGCUGUGGAGGACGAGGAUCCGACGUGUCAAGGGCCGCUUCUGACCCUAGAAUACCCGGUGUCAGAGCCGGGCAACAGGUUUACGUCGACCCGAAAGCGCUGUGAUAAUGGGCAACUAAAUGGAGAAUUGACGAAAUCAGGGCGGCAUGACAACAAUUCAAAUUAUAAAUACAAAACAAGUAAAUACAAUGGCGUUGCCUCGCAGGACCCGCUGCCUCAGUACCAGGUGGGAAGCCGCCUGCUGCACUGCCUUUUCCUGCUGUCUGCCGAGUUGGGCCACGAGCUCUUCUACAUUUCCUUUCUUCCCUGCAUUCACUGGAAUCUGGACCCCUUUCUGUGCCGACGGAUGGUCACUAUGUGGGCGAUUGUCAUGUACAUUGGUCAGGUGAUGAAGGACAAGCUGAAGAUGCCACGCCCUCUGUCGCCCCCGGUGGUGAAGCUGGAGACGCGCGUCAACGCCGAGUACGGCAUGCCCUCCACCCACGCCAUGGCUGCCACCUCCAUUUCCUUCACCUUUCUGUUGAGCGCCUCCACUAGGCUGCAGUUCCCGUUUGGGGCCGGCCUCCUGCUGGCUGUCACGCUCUCCACGCUGGUGGGCCUCAGCCGCCUUUACACUGGGAUGCAUUCUGCGCUGGAUGUGAUUUGUGGGAUGCUGAUUUCGGCUGCCCUUCUGACCUUGACCUAUCCUCUGUGGGAUGCAUUCGACCACCUGCAGCUAACAAGCCCCCUAUCCCCCAUCGUGGCAUUGGUAUUGUCGCUUUUUCUGUGCUACAGCUACCCCGAGCUGGACCAUUACAGCACGACGCGGGGGGACACCACCAUCAUUGUGUCUGUGGCUGCAGGGUGCUCCAUGGGAUACUGGGUGAACAAGCAGCUGGGGCAGACGUAUGAGCCCGAUGGGGGAUUCCCCCUACCCCUGCCGGCCCUGACCGGACCGGCCCUGGCCCGCGGCUGCGCCCGUUUCCUCUUGGGCCUGGGCGUCCUCGUGGGGAUGAGGGGCGUGAUGAAAGCCGUCAGCCUAUGGCUGAUCUGCUCCUGGCACAAGGUUCCCCUGCAUGACCUGAACGCCAGGAGGGAGAAGAAGAUCGAGGUUCCAUACAAGUUCAGCACGUAUAUCACCAUCGGGCUUCUGAACACCAUCUUCAUGAACAGGCUCUUCGUGACUUUGAAUCUACUUUGAUGCCCAUCAGGGCAAGUUGCCUUGCAUCUGCAGGAACGUGUGUUUUCAGGUACACUUGCAACAAAGCCUCCUCUCAUAUGGGGUUAAGACUCUUUCCAGGUGUUUCGUUAUGCGUGUACGGUAUUCCGUGCAUGUAGAUUUACAGUUAUGUGUUGUAUGUACAGGGAACAGGGCUGUUGAUUACUGCUGCCCAGUUAGGCUGAAGAUUAACGAAAGGAGGAAAUGAACAUUUGCUUGUUUACCCACAUUCAGUCCGAUAAAGCCGGGACACUUUAGGCCACAUCAGGACGAGUUCAUUUUGGGGACUAACGGUUUAGGGACCUUCUCUGCGCUCGGUUGUUGACGUUUCCUGCUUCUGAGCUCGGCUGAAACUUGUACAUCUAGCAACUUCUGUCAGACCUGCUUUUGUUAAAAUUUUCUUCUAGUUUCACCGAAAUCUUGUCACUCUGCCUUUUGCCGGCAGUGGCUUCUCUGUGGUUUCCUGCGUUUACUGUUUGAUGAAGCAGACAGAUGUUACAGCCUUUUUCACUGCCGUGUUGUAUGUUUAAGGUGGUCGAUUAGCUUUCCUGGAAGGUUCACCUUUUAUGGUGGGGGAAGCUUUAAAUAAAUAUUUUUAUAUCGUC